CAGGCCCGGGGCUGAGGCGCAGGUCGGCAGCGGGCCGGUAACGGGGCCACGGGCCGGGCUGCGGGGCAGCACUGCGGGUCUGUAAAUGACAAAGCCAGGACAGAAGGCUGAUAUCCUCUAAAAAUGAGUCAGUCAGACAACAGCUUUGAGCCAAAUGUUAUUGACGAUGAAAUGCUUCAGAAAGCAGUUGAAGAGCAAUGGCCGGAGGACAUAAGGAAGCUUGCCAAAGUAGAAGGUAUUAACUUUAAAGAUGUGAUGGAGCUACAACUUAGGUUUAGAAAUAUCCUGCAGAUUGAUAAUCUGUGGCAAUUUGAGAAUCUUACUAAGCUGCAGCUGGACAACAACAUCAUUGAGAAGAUAGAAGCUCUGGAGAGUCUGAUUCACCUUGUGUGGCUUGACUUGUCCUUCAACAACAUUGAAGUAAUUGAGGGCCUGGAUACCCUUGUCAAACUGCAGGACCUAAGCCUCUACAACAACAGAAUAUCUAAAAUUGAGCACAUGGACACAUUGCAAGAGCUACAGAUUUUCUCCAUUGGAAAGAAUAACCUGACCACUCUGGAAAAUGUGGUCUAUCUUAGGAGGUUUAAGAACUUACACACACUGAAUCUCACUGGGAAUCCUUUUUGUGAUGAAGAGCAGUAUAUGCUGUUUGUUGUUGCUCACCUUCCAGGCUUGGUAUACUUGGAUUUCAAACUUGUGAGUGACACCACACGAGAAGUUGCCAUUUCAAAUUACCACUACCUCACUGACCUGCUGGAACAUGAGGAAGCCCAGGCCCUAGCUCAGCUGGAGGAAAAGCAGGCACAGCAGAAGGAGCUGGAGUACCACAAGACAGCCUUUGUUGAGUACCUGAAUGGAUCAUUCCUGUUUGACAGCUUGUAUGCAGAGGAUACAGAAGCUGCCAAACUGGCUUACCUCCCCGGAGUGGAUGACCUGCUGCAGGCAUACAGGAAAGAUUUUGUCUCCGUUUGUGAGAACCUGUUUAACUACUGUCUGAAAGAGCAUGAAAAACGAGAAGCUGAAGUCUCUGAUUUCUAUGAAGGCCUUCAUGAAGUGUUGACAGCCAACCAAGAAGAAGGCAGGAGAAUAAUCCUAGACUUUGAAAAUCAGAACAAAAUGAGGCUGGAUGAGAUCCAUCAUGCCAGCAGUCACGACACUGCUGAGUCUAUGCGAGCUGAGUACAACGAGGACAUCCUUCAGCUGUCAGAAACACUCAUGACCUUGGAAAUGCAGAUGGUGGACCAGCUGGAGGAACUGAUAAAGGAAUUCGAAAGAAACAUUGCUGUCAUUGCAUCAACAUUCACUGAAAAUGUUAAAGGCAUGAUGACACAGUGCCGGGACCUGGAAAACCGUCACCAUGAGAAGCUGCUAGAGAUCUCCAUCAGUGCUCUGGAGAAAUCACUUAAGAAUGAGCUCGAUGAGGAAUUGCCAGAUGAUGUUCGUGAGUUUCUUGUGGACAAAAACACCAUUGUCAACAUGGUCAACAAAUCCCAUGAUAUCCACCUGCUGAAGAUAAGCAUGCGAGAGUGUGACAUCCUCCUCAACAUGUAUCGCUGGGAGGCCUCUGUGAAAGAGAAGGAGCAGAACAGUUGCCAGUGGACACCUCAGAGGCUGGGACUGUGAGACAUGAGCUUGGGCAGGCUGGAUUCUACAACCCACAGGAGCUUUAAGGAGCAAAAUCCAUUUUGAUACUAGUACAGGUAAUCUAAGUUUCCUACACCUUUAUGGUACAGGAGUGCCAGGGGACUGGGCUGACAUUCUCCCAAGCCUUUCUUAGCUUUUCCCCCAAGGAAAUCCUCAUUUCUUGCUUCUCAUGCCCCCUGCCCAUCAUGGACAUCUCCAAAAUAAAUUUCAACAAAGGAGCAGAUCCCUGUUCUCCUUCAUAUCUAUGCCCUUUAAAUGCAUGGAUUUCCACUAGUUCACAUGUCCUUGUGAACAUAGGACUGGCCUAAACUAAUUCAGGCCAAAGUCAGGACAGCCCAGGGUCCUGCAAUGACUUGAUUAGAGCAGACAUUUUCCCUUGGUUCUCUCAACCACUCUUCCAAAAAACCACUCUGCAACAAGACAACCCUGC